CCAACUCUAACGGUAACUCGCGACCCAUUUCACAUUUCAUCAUUCUCUUUCACAACCUUCCGCCCCAAACCACAACAACGCAUCAUUUUCUUCUGCUCGCAAAGUCAGGGUUUUGUAGGGUUUGUCUUUUUCUUAGUUUUGGUCAUGUAACUCUUUGUUCAAUUUUGCUUAUGGCAAGAGCAGGUUUUCUGAAUGCCUUGCAUGUAAAAAGAAAUGGACAACAACAUAUAUGAAGAAUUGGAUGAAGCAAAAGCUGAAAUUGAGAGACUCAAGUCAGAACUAAGAGCCAAGAUAGUUUCACUAGAGAAUUUGAAGAAAUCACAUUAUGCACAGGAGAAUCAGAUUCAGGAAGCCAAGCUCAAGGCUGAGAACCUGGAUCAAGAACUGCUUCAAAAAGAAAGUGCAAUCGCCGAGGCAAAGCAGUUGUGGGAAGAUCUCAAGGGGAAUUUGAAUGAACAAGCCUCCAUCAUCAAACAUCUCACUGCUGCAAAUGAUAAACUUCGAGUGGAUUGUGACGAAAAGUUCAACAACUGGGAAAAUGAAAAGAAUGGAUUGUUAUUGGCCUUAGAUGAAGCAAAUGAGAAGGCAGAGAGCCAAGAACAACAGAUUUAUCUAUACAGACAAGAGAUUCAAUGCCUGAAAGACUCUCUUUCAGUUUCACAGAAGAAGUGUUUGGAAAAUGAGAAGAAUUUUAAAGCAUCCAAUGAACUAAGAGAAAGAGAUGACCUGUUUCAGAAGAUAGAGGACGAAAAAAGGAAGGUGGAAGAUCAAUUGAAAUGGAAGAAGGAACAGUUUAAACAUCUAGAAGAAGCACAUGAAAAACUUCGGGACGAGUUUAGGUCUUGCAAGAAGGAGUGGGAGAUGCUAAAAUCUACAUUGCUUGAUGAGAUUUCUUCACUUGAGAUUAAGUUAGACUCUCAGGACAGAAUAUCAGAGAAUCUACAACAUCAGUUACAGACUUGCCACCAAGCUCUUGCUCAUGUAGAAAGCCAGAAAAAGCGUCUGGAAGUUGAAGUUUCAGAUUUUAAGGAGAAGCUUGACAAUGCUAGCAGCGAGUACCAGGAUGCUAGGUUACAACUUGAUUGCUUAAACUCUCAGUGCGACAGUGAUAUUGCAGAUUUGAGAUAUUCACUGAAAGCAAACGAGGCAUAUCAUAAGGAAUUGAAGUACAGAAUUGAGAAGCUAGAGCAGGAAAAUCAAGAGUUAAGGAUGUCCCUUAAAGAAUUCCAGGAAGCUCAAAUUCAAGAAGCAGGAGGUUCAUAUUCGCAGUCCAAGCCCAAGCGCAGAAAUUUAGAACAAACUCAUAGCGAGUGUUCCUCAAAUUUUAAGGCUAAAGAAGCUGAGUGGAACUCUCAGCUUGAACAAUUGAAAGGAGACCUGAAUAGCUGUCGGUCUGAGUUGGAAACUAAAAUUGCAGCAGUGGAAGAGCUUCAGAAGGAGUUGGAAAGGUCCCAUUCUUUGACCAUUGAGAUGAAGUUGGUGAAUGAGGAGAUGUCUGUGAUGCUGCUAGUGUUGAAAACUGGACUUUCUGAGGCUCAAGAGAAGCUUGCCAAUCAUAAAAAUGAGAUGGAUCUAUUCAACAAAGAGAGAGAAGAGAAGAUUUUUCAACUGAUGCAGCAAUUGGAGAUGAAAGAUGCUGCUUUGAUCAGUGCCAACAAAAGCAUCAAUGAAGAAUGUGAGAGAGAAGCGUGUUUGAUGCGGCAGGUUGAGUCCUGUGAAUCCAAGAUAGAACUGCAGCACUCACUGCAAGAUGAACUUGAUAAGCACAAGGAAAUGCUGGAGGAAUCUUCUAUGUAUCAGCUGAUCCUCAAAGAGACAGUUUUGCAGAUGGAAUGUUAUUUGAAAGAACAAAUGAAAGAAGUUCAUGAUGCUUUAGACAGUACACUUAUUGAGUUGGAUGAGAGGAUAUGUGAAAGGAAUGAAAUGGAAUUUGAAUUGCAAAUAUGGAAGUCGAUUGUUGAACGUAUGAAGAACGAUCUUGAAGAAAAUUAUGUAAUGCGUAAAGAGCUGGAAACUUCACUUCUUUCACAAGUAGAUGUUUGUGAGUGCCUUAAGGAAGAGAAAGAGAGCUUGGUUUAUAAAUUGGAAGAGGAAGAAAAGAGACUAGAUAAUGUAAGAUAUCUGCAGAUCAUAGAGGAGAAAGACAAGGCGUUAGAGGAGCUCCAGAAAGAGGUUGUUUUGCUGGAACAAGAGUCAUUUAGAAGAGAACUUGAAAAUGUAUUGAUUACAAAAGGCACUAUGGAAAGAAUCUACGAGUAUGAGAAAGAAAAUCUUAUCCAGCUCAUGAAAGGGAAAAACAUGAGAAUUGAUGAACUCAUGCAGCAGGUGGCUUCAAUGGAGCAGCAGUUCUCUACCUCAUUGUCCACAUUUUCUUCACAGUUUGAUAAAACUGCGGCAUCUCAGAUUCUAGCUGCAGUGGAAAUUGAAGAGAAGAAGUUGAUGAUAGUGGAACUUGAGGAUGACCUCCAUGCUAUGCAUCAGAAACUGAAAUUACAGGAGGAAAACUUGAAGCAAUCAGAGAAUCUUGCAUUGGAUAAUAUUCAAGUAAAGGAGCUAAAAGAUGAAAUGGAGAAAAGGAAUUUGCUUGAAAUGUCAUCACAAAGAGAAUGCUUAUUGGCUUAUGUUCAGGGAUUCAUUGAUAAAAUCUCUGAAUUCUCUUCUGCAGACACUCAACUAAUGGAUAUGUUGAGAGGGAUGGAGAAGUCUUUUGGUCCAGAAAUGAAUUUGAAAAAGGAUGAAAGUUUCUAUGUAAAGGAGAAUAUGUUAAUUCAUUCUCCUAAGAUGACAAGAAAACUUGAAGCCGUUUCUGAUAUAAGAUCGCCAUUCAGGGAGCUCAAUAGUUAGUUUCAGUAUGUUCAGCAGCACUUGUAAUAUUAUCUGCAGAAACGUCAUUUAGUUUCAAAGAUGACGUUUUUCUUUGGAUUGCCUAUGGAAUUCAUAAUGUAUCCUAUGUAUAAUUUUUUUUAGAUAUGUAAUGCAGAUGUUCCACUAAUAAUUUCUUGUUAAAAUAAUGUAUUA